AUGCAUACUGAAGAUACUUGCUCUGUGCUUCAAUUUGAAGUGGUCGACAACGCCGCCGGGACCGAGCUGACGGUGGAGGAGCACAACCUGCUCAGCGUCGCCUACAAGAACGUCAUCGGCUCGCUCCGAGCCGCCUGGCGCAUAAUCUCGUCCAUCGAGCAGAAGGAGGAAAGCCGCCGCAACGAGGAGCACGUGGCGCUCGUCAAGCAGUACAGAUCCAAGGUGGAGACCGAACUCUCCGCCAUCUGCGCCGGAAUCCUGGAGCUCCUGCAGUCGCACCUUGUUCCUUCGGCUACCACCGGAGAGUCCAAGGUCUUCUACUCGAAGAUGAAGGGAGAUUACCAUCGGUACCUCGCCGAGAUCAAAAAUGGCGACGAGAGAAAGACCGCCGCCGAGGACACCAUGGUUGCCUACAAGGCUGCUCAGGAUAUUACGCUGGCUGAUUUGGUGCCUACGCAUCCAAUAAGAUUGGGGCUGGCGCUCAACUUCUCGGUGUUUUACUACGAGAUCCUUAACUCCUCGGAGAAAGCUCGUAGCAUGGCUAAACAGGCUUUUGAGGAAGCUAUUGCUGAACUUGAUACACUAGGAGAGGAAUCGUACAAGGAUAGCACUUUAAUUAUGCAACUGUUGAGGGACAACCUCACUCUUUGGACUUCAGAUUUGCAGCAGGAGCAGAUGGACAAAGCUUCCCUUCCUUGAGAAGGUCUGUG